AUAGAAAACCAACUCACCGUUUUUAUUAAAUUAAUAGGAGAAAACCAUGGGUAUUUCAAGAGAUUCUCGUCACAAGCGUUCUGCCACCGGGGCCAAGAGAGCCCAAUUCAGAAAGAAGAGAAAGUUUGAAUUAGGUAGACAAACUUCCAACACUAGAUUGGGACCAAAGAGAAUCCACUCGGUCAGAACUAGAGGUGGUAACCAAAAAUUCAGAGCUAUAAGAAUCGAAUCUGGUAACUUCUCCUGGGCCUCCGAAGGUGUCUCCAGAAAGACCAGAAUCGCUAGAGUGGUUUACCAUCCUUCCAACAAUGAAUUGGUUAGAACCAACACCUUGACUAAGGCUGCUAUUGUUCAAAUCGAUGCUACUCCUUUCAGACAAUGGUACGAAAACCACUACGGUCAAACCUUGGGUAAGAAGGGUAACGCUACUGAAGAAGUCGCCAAGAAGUCCGGUAAGUUGGAAAGAAAGUUGGCUUCUAGAUCUGCUUCUGCUGUUAUUGAAUCUGCUGUUGAUGCCCAAUUCGGUUCCGGUAGAUUGUACGCUUGUAUUUCUUCUAGACCAGGUCAAUCCGGUAGAAGUGAUGGUUACAUCUUGGAAGGUGAAGAAUUAGCCUUCUACUUAAGAAAGUUGUCCGGUAAGAAAUAAACAGGUAUAUUCCUUUAAAACGAAGAACAACCAAUAGCAAAUAUAUCAACCAAUCAUAUAAUAUUUAAAAUAUAUAUCUGUAACGUGUAUAUCAUUUAAUAUCAAAGCCAUAUUUAGUGUCGACUUUACUCUGGUGGUGGAAGAAGUUUUAACGGUACGGAGGAGGAAGAAGUUUUAAUGGUAGUCAGAGGUGGACGAAGUUUUCACGCCAGUCAGAAGUGAUCUUAAAAAUUUCAAAAAUCCUGGUGUCAGAUACUGGCAAACUGGGUUACAUCUUCACCGAUCGCUAAAGCAGUACUGGCCCUCCAGGGCUAGAAAUAUGAAACUUACAGUCAGAGCAAAGAGUUUUUACGGUGGUUGUUCGUUCAGAUGAUCAUCACUUUCACUUUAUGUUGGUGUUGGGAAGAG